AUGCGGCUGUUCCUCCGUGAAGCUGCUGCCAACGUCAUCUAUCGCCACUCACCACCACUGUCAAGUGUGGAUGUGUAUGCUUCAGCUCGUGUGUCACAAGCAUGGGGUUGUUUUGGGUUGCUGAUUAUGAUUCGAAGCUCAAUGGAUAGGAAAAGACGCGAAGACGAACCACCAUGGCCGCCGUCCAUGGUGGCUUCCAUCGAUAACAAGGUUGUUGUCGCUGACCGUCGCUGCUAUUCCACCGUUUACCACCCCGAAGGGCCGCAAUGUUCAUGUUUCACGUGGGUUCAAGUGUGUUGUUGCUUCAAGUUCUUGUGGUGUAAGAGAGAAGAAGCGGCGGAGCCACCCGCUGUCAUCAUAGCUCCGUCGUCACCACCCGAUGCCACCACCCCCGUUGUUGUCGUCGUUAUCUUCAGACAUCACCACCCGAGGCCAGCCACUCGAUUCACUUCCGGCUGUAGUGGUGCUUCGGUGAGCCAUCGAGACAGCAGCCUCACAUCUCACACAUCUCUUCUUCUCCCGUCAAAGCAAACGCCACCGAACCACUUGCGAUGUCGUGCUUCUCGUCUGAACUCUUUUCUGGCCUCCUUCCCUUUGAAACCCCUAGCCACAUCGACCCCCCUUCCUUCGCAUCCUUCUUCCGAGACAGAAGAGCACAAGAUCUAUACCACUCGACCAUCGAUCGACCUUGGGGUUGUUUCCAUUCGUAUUUCUUUUUCUCCAUCGGACGAGGAUCUUCAUAAAUUUGUGUAUUAUCCUCCGACCACCACAAACCACCGCACUCCUCUACCACCACGUCAUCAUCGUAUUCACCAAACAGAAGCAGCAGCAAUGGAUCAAUCUACCAAAGCUGGAAUCCCUAUUGCCCUUUGCACUGUAUUGCUUAUAUCCAUAUCUUUUAUCUACAUGUUAUCAGAGAAAAACACAUCGGUUUCCAUAACACAAAAGGUUUCUCCUUCCAAACCCUCAUCAUCCAUGCGUAAGACCUCGACGUAUAGAGAUGAAUUGGAAGCAGCAUUGCGGGGAGCUUCCAUGGCGAACAAAACCGUUAUCAUAGCCAUUGUGAACAAAGCCUACACUGAGGGCGAUAAACCGAUGCUAGAUAUAUUUCUAGAUGGGUUUUGGCUUGGAGAAGAUACACGAUCUUUAACGAACCACCUUCUGAUCGUCGCAGUUGAUCAGACGGCGUUUGACCGAUGCAAGUUUCUUAGAUUACACUGUUACAGACUGAAGACCGACGGCGAGGAUUUCGUCGGAGAGAAGGUUUACAUGUCGGAGGAGUUCAUAAAGAUGAUGUGGCAAAGAACCCGUUUCCUCGGAGAUGUUCUCCGGCGUGGAUACAACUUUGUUUUUACGGACACAGAUGUAUUAUGGCUAAGAAAUCCAUUUCCACACCUAACUCUGAAUUACGAAACUGCUGACCUUCAGAUCAGUGUCGACCAGUUUAACGGCAACCAGUGGUCACAGAAAAACCCCAUAAACACUGGUUUCUACAUGAUCCGAUCCAACAACAAGACCAUCGCUUUGUUCGAUAAAUGGUAUGGAGAAAGAAACAAAUCACCUGGGAAAAAGGAACAAGAUGUUCUUAUUGAAUUAAUGAAGAAAGGAAGUUUUAAAAGGUUGGGAAUUAGGGUUAGGUUUUUGGACACCCUUUAUUUCAGUGGGUUUUGUCAAGAUAGUAGAGAUGUUAAGAUCGUUUCCACCUUUCAUGCCAAUUGUUGCCGGAGAAUCAAAGCCAAAGUCUCCGAUUUAACUUCUGUUAUUCAUGACUGGAAGAGAUUUAAAGAUCUCUCACCUUCACCCUUAGCCAAUAAAACCAUGGAGGAAUUUAGAUGGUCCAGUCAUUCAGCUUGCCAAAAAUCAUGGAUUUCAUAACUUCUACUAAUUUGAUGGUAAGAUCGAUGAUCCAAUAUAUGAUGGGGUUGUUUGUUAUCUCCUUCGAAAUGAGUUGUAAAUUAUUGUUUUCAUACUCCAGAUUGUUUAAAUGUUACGAUUAUUUUGUUCAAAUCAUGUACGUAUCAUGUCAUAGUGGAAUAAAACCAGAAGGUAUAAACGUAUAAUUUUCAAGUCUUCUUAUUAUAUACUUAUAGAAUAUUACAAAAGUGAAGUCCAAAACAGUACUCCAAUCAUCUUCGAUUCCAUGAAUUACGACAAGCUCGGUGAUCGGACCAAUGAAACUCUGAUAAAUCAUCGUUGAAGGAAGCUUUAAACCUCCUCCAAUCAUGAAGAACCUUGAUCAAAUCAGAUUCCUUUGCCUUAAUGCUCCGACAACAAUUCGCAUGAACAGUGGAAACCUUCUUAACAUCUUUACUAUUCUCACAAAAUCCACUGAAAAAGAUGGUGUCUAAAAACCUUACUUGAAGACCUAAUCUUUCAAACUCCCCUCUUCGCAUCAGAUCCAAUAGAACUUCUUGUUCGUUCUUCCCUACUACUGAAUUGUCUUUCUCUCCAUACAAUUCAUCGUACAAAGCAAUUGUUUUGUUGUUUGAUCUGAUCAUGUAGAACCCCGUGUUAAUCGGGUUGUCUUCCGACCACUGGUCGCCAUUAAACUUAUCAACACUGAUUUGAAGGUCUAAGCUUUCGUCGAGGUUCAGCCUUGGAAAUGGAUCCCUUAGCCAUAAUACAUCCAUAUCCUGUAAAUUUCAAGAACAAAAUUAAAGCUUCAACUACACAAAUUUUAUUAAUUGGUUGGUUGACCAGUUGUUUUUUCGUACAGUGUAAAUAAAGUUGUAGCCACGCUUAAGAACAUCUCCAAGAAAAAGGGUUCUUCGCCACAUCAUUUGUAGUAAAUCAUCCGCCAUGAAAAGCGUCUCGACACCUUCUGUUUUCAAUUUGUAGCAGUGCAAUUGUAAAAAGGUGCACCUGUCGUAAGCCGGUUGAUCAACUGCAACGACUAAAAGGUGUCUAGUAAGCUUAUAUGUAUCUUCUCCUACCCAAAACCCAUCAAGAAAUAUAUCCAGCAUCGGUUUAUCUCCUUCUAUGUACGCUUUAUUCACAAAGGCUAUGAUCAGAGUUUUGUUUUCGUUUGAAACUUUUGCCAAUGCCUCUUCUAACAAAGCUCCAUAACUGUUUUCAUCAGCUUUUGAUGAUGGAGAUGGUGAUUGUGGUGGUGGUAAAUGUGUAGGAUGGUAAAACCUGUGGGUUAUGUUGGUUAUUGACACAGAUCCAUCUUUGUCGGAUCCAAGAUAUAUGAAUAUAAGAG